AAGUGGGGUAAAGAAGGUUCCGGUGUACACAUCUAAAUCUGUAAUUUUCUUCGCUCUCCAAUGUAAAGUAAAUCCGUAUUCAUCCUUUUUAAACGCUUCGUUUUUAACAAGAAAACACCUGGAGCAUAAAUUUGACGCUUCAGACUUCAUGUCGAGACCGAUAUUGUGACGGUGCGAUGUUCGGAAUGUGAAAAAACAAAUGGUGAAAAAACUCGGACAAUUAUUGAAGGAGAAUUAGCUUUAGCGUUAGCUUCUGUGUAGCUUAGCUCAGCUGUUGGAGCCUGGGAUAGGGGCUUUGAGGACGGAACAGAACGACAGAGAAUAUAUAUUUCACGUAUUAUUGUUUUUUAUAUAUUUUUUAAUCAGUGUAAUUACAUAAACGUUUCGAUUUAUAUAUUUUCUGCUAAAGCUAGCUGUUUUGCUAGCUGUGUAAUUGAGUUAUUUUUAUACGAUGGAGUUGAGAGUCGGGAACAGAUACAGGCUCGGGAGGAAAAUCGGCUCGGGCUCGUUUGGAGACAUUUAUUUGGGCACGGACAUCUCGGUCGGAGAGGAAGUCGCCAUCAAGCUAGAAUGCGUGAAGACGAAACAUCCUCAGCUGCACAUCGAGAGCAAAAUCUACAAGAUGAUGCAAGGAGGAGUUGGGAUCCCGACGAUUAAAUGGUGCGGAGCUGAAGGAGAUUACAACGUGAUGGUGAUGGAGCUCCUCGGCCCCAGUCUGGAGGAUCUGUUCAACUUCUGCUCUCGCAAAUUUAGCCUCAAGACUGUUCUACUCCUGGCUGACCAGAUGAUCAGCCGUAUCGAGUACAUCCACUCGAAGAACUUCAUCCACAGAGACGUGAAGCCCGAUAACUUCCUCAUGGGCCUGGGGAAGAAAGGCAACCUUGUUUACAUCAUCGACUUCGGCCUGGCCAAGAAGUACAGAGACGCUCGGACACACCAGCACAUACCAUACAGAGAGAACAAGAACCUGACCGGCACGGCCCGCUACGCCUCCAUCAACACACACCUGGGAAUAGAACAGAGCAGAAGAGACGAUCUGGAGUCACUCGGCUACGUGCUCAUGUACUUCAACCUUGGUUCUCUGCCCUGGCAAGGACUGAAGGCCGCCACCAAGAGGCAGAAAUAUGAGAGGAUCAGCGAGAAAAAAAUGUCCACGCCUAUCGAAGUGCUGUGCAAAGGAUACCCGUCCGAAUUUGCCACGUACCUCAACUUCUGCCGCUCCUUACGCUUCGACGACAAGCCUGACUACUCCUACCUGAGGCAGCUCUUCAGGAACCUCUUCCACCGACAGGGAUUCUCCUACGACUAUGUGUUUGACUGGAACAUGCUGAAAUUUGGACCGAACAGAGCAGCGGAGGACGCCGAGAGGGAAAGAAGGGACCGAGAGGAACGUUUGAGACACAGCAGGAAUCCGGCAGCCAGAGGAAUGCCGUCAGCCUCCAGCAGACCCAGACCAACGCAAGACGUAGCACCACCCGCUCCACUCACGCCCACUUCACACACGGGAAUGGAGCGCGAGAGGAAGGUCAGCAUGCGGUUACACCGCGGCGCUCCGGUCAACAUUUCCUCCUCUGACCUGACCGGCCGACAGGACACCUCACGAAUGUCCACGUCACAGAAUAGCAUUCCUUUCGAUCUCCACGGCAAGUAGAGAGGAAGCAGCAGGCUCUGUCCCGCGUCACUCCGAGCGGCCUGCAGUCUGCUGUUCCUCGAUGAGCGUCUGCGCAGCCGCAGUCACCCCGAGCAAAUCAAAGCCACACACAGACUCGACUUUUUAUUUUCUCAACACACUAACACAAACCUUAUCGCCGAGGGAGACGGAGACAAAACACACACACACCACACACACACACUGUCAAUCACGCUCACACACGCACACAUUGUCACUCUCUGUCGCUCUCUCCGACACACACACACACACACACACGUUCUCACGCAGCCACACUGGAACUCAAAUCGAACAGCCGAGGCACGUCGUCUCGGCGUGCUUCUCCUUCCUGAUCUACAAAGACCUUGGAAGUGGGCGGGGCUUUCACACAAGGGGGAAGGGUUAAUGACUUUUCUCUGCCUGUCAGUCAUGUGUGGUGGGCGGAGCCAUCACAAAAAAAAUAAAACAAAUCCUCCACUCGGCUUCAGACGGAGCUGUACUUACUGAUAGCCAUUGAUCUUGUGUUUCUCUGACCUGUUUUUUUUUUUAUAUAUAAUUUUUUAAAUUUUUUUUCUUCCCUCUUGUUUAUUAACGAAGAUUAAACUGUUUUCACCAGCUGCAGGUGUGCUGAUUCAUGGGAGCUAAUCUUUGAGAAGUUCUCACAAAAAGGAAAAAAAAAAUCAGGUGAUUGAAAACAGAGUAGAAAACAAGAUAGCAGUCGUUUGAUAAGGAUGUGUAGUUUUUUUUUAUGUUAACUUUUUUUCGUGCAAAAUCCAAGCUGUUCGUUGAUUUUGACGUUUUUUGACAUUUAGAUCAGACUUGUCGUGGAGAAUAACCAGUGUUUUUUGACAUUUGCUCUUUGUUUGGAGGCGUGAAUAAAAUAAAAAACGAAAAAAUGA